AUGCGGGUGGCUGUCUGGGUUAUUAUCAGAGCAAUGCCUCCCCCGCAUUCUCAGGAGGAGUUAAAGAAGUUCCUCGGGAAGGUGUCUUAUAUUCGGAGGUUUAUCCCAGCACUGGCAGAGAUCUCUGCGCCUUUCGGCUCUUUGUUAAAAGGAGAUGCCAAGUUCGAGUGGAACCAAGAGCACCAAAAGGUCUUUGAGAGAAUCAAGGCGGCCUUAACCUCGCCUCAGACCAUGAUAGCCCCGCAGCCCCGGGUCCCUCUAAUGUUGUACCUAACUUCAACCCCCAAGUCCAUAUGGGCAUUAUUGGUCCAAGAUGUAGAUGGAGUAGAACGCCCGGUGUAUUAUAUCAGCCGGAAGAUUCGAGGAGCAGAAGUCCGAUAUACUCCGGUAGAGAGACAUUGUUUAGCUUUGGUGUUCACUGCCCAAAAGCUCAGACAUUACUUCUUAGCACAUCAGAUUCAGAUUGUUACUAGAACCCCCAAGGCGAUCAAAAGCCAAGCCUUUGCUGACCUCCUUGCUCAAUUUCCAAGUGGUGACUAUGAACCAGUGAAUGAAAAAUUAAGAGGAGAGGUGCAUGCAGCUAUGGCUUCCGAGGAAAGCUUUUGGACAUUGAGCUUUGACGGAGCAACAGCCGGAGGUAAAAGAGGAACCAGGAUAAAGGUUGAAAUAGAGCAUGUGCCUCGUUCUGACAACAAGUUUUCAGAUGCCCUUGCAACAUUAGGGGCAGGAGUUGAUAUCCCAGAGGAGGAGGCAACAAUUAUUAUCAAGAAGAGAAUAGAGCCUUCGAUAAUACCUGAAGACAAAGGCCUUCCGGAGGACUGGAGAGGAGAAGUCCUCGAACAACUCAGAAGCAAAGUUGGAAGAUUGACUAUGGCCAAGCUUGCCCAAUUCAUAAUUAUUCAAGGUGAACUUUAUUUCCGAGGAGGUACCGGAUUCCUAGCCUGUUUUCAAUUUUUUACUGCCCCUCGAAGAAGAAAGAGGAAUAGUAGACUCGGUUACCAACCUGAAGAGACCUUUCUUGACGAAGUAGAAGUAUACUCCCACUCGGAUCUCCGAAGAGCAGCUAUUGCUUUCAUCAAUGUAAGCUUUGAGGGUCUUUCUUUUUGA